AUGCCUCGGGGAAAGAAGAGUAAGCUCAGAAGAGAGAAACGCCAACAGCCCCUGAAUGAGACUCAGAGUCUCAAGGGUGCUCAGGCCACAGCAGGGGAUGUUGAAGAACCCCCCUCCUCUCAUCCCAAUGAUGAUUCUCCCUCAAGCUCCCCUGCACGUAAUCCAUCCCAGGAGCCGCAGGGAGCCACAGCCACUAGCUCUCCUGAGGCAUGUAUGUCUUGCUCAAUAUUUGCUGCCAUUGCCAAGAGACAAGCUGAGGAAAGUGCAAAUGCCUCCCAGGCAGCAGCUUCAGCUCUGCAGGCUCGCAAAGAUCCUCUAAGCAGGGAGGUGAGCAAGGUGAUGCAGUUCCUGCUUUUGAAGCUGCAAAGGAAGGAGCCCAUCACUCAGAAUGCACUGCUGAAGUUUGUCAACAGGAAGUACAAGGAGCACUUCUCUGAGAUCCUCAGGAGAGCCUCUGAGCGCAUGGAGCUGGUCUUUGGCCUUGAGUUCAAGGAAGUCAAUCCCAACAACCACACCUAUGCCUUUUUUAACAAGCUGGGCCUCCCGAUUGAGGGAGACCUGAGCAGUGAUGAGGUCCUGCCCAAGACCCCAAUGGUGAUGGUGAUCCUGGGCGUGAUCUUCAUGAAUGGCAACAUCGCCACUGAAGAGGAGAUCUGGAAUUUCCUGAAUGUGUUUGGGGUCCAUCCUGAGAAGAAGCAUGCCAUCUUUGGGGAGCCCAGGGAAUUCCUCACCAAGGAUCUGGUUCAGCAAAAGUACCUGGAGUGCCGCCAGGUUCCCGACAGUAAUCCUCCCCGCUAUGUGCUCCUGUGGGGCCAAAGAGCCCACACUGAUAUCAGCAAGAUGAAAGUGCUCGAGGUGCUGGCCAGAAUCUUCAACAAGGUCCCCACUGCCUACCCAAUCCUGUAUGAUGAGGCCUUGAGAGAUGAGGAAGAUAAAGCAUGGUUGAGAGCCGCAGCCAUGGUUGGCUCUUUUACCAAGCACAGGGCUCCUUCCCAGGCCAAGUCCAGCAGCUGCUCCCACACCUAG